GAGAGGACGUAGAGGAAGCUGUUACCGCAUGUGUUCCAUAGUACGUUUGUGUAACAUGUUAGGAAGAACCUUAAAUGCCCUUUAAUGCAAUGACAGAACUGCAUCCAUGGCGGGACAACUGAAGAAACAGUUAAAAGAAGCCGUGAAGAUCAUCGGCUCAGGCAGCCUUCUGUUUGCCUCCUACCUCACUGCGAUAGGAGAUGAGCGUUUCUAUGCCAAUCAGUUGAUGCCCAUACUGCAGAGGGUUGUGGGGGCAGAGACGGCACAUGUGCUGGCAGUGAAGAUGAUCGGUCUGGGUCUGGUUCCUCUUAACCGCUACCAGGACCCUGCAUCAUUGGAAGUGAACGCCUUGGGAUUAAAGUUCAGAAACCCGAUUGGGAUUGCAGCAGGCUUCGACAAGCACGGAGAGGCCGUGGAUGGGUUGUACAAAGUGGGUUUUGGCUUUGUUGAAGUGGGCACAAUCACCCCCAAACCUCAGGAGGGAAACCCCAAACCUCGAGUGUUUCGACUCUCUGCAGAUCAUGCAGUUAUUAACAGAUAUGGGUUCAACAGCUGUGGUCUGGCAGAAGCACAACAGAGGCUGAAGGCCAGGGGCGACACGCAGCAACAGCUAAGUAAAGCUGGCCUUCCCCUGGGCAUCAACCUGGGGAAGAACAAGCUGUCCCAGGACGCAGGAGCAGAUUACCUAGAGGGGGUGAGAGAGCUGGGCCCGCUGGCUGACUACCUGGUGGUGAACGUCAGCAGUCCUAAUACACCAGGUCUCCGGGAUCUACAGGGGAAGGCUGAGCUCCGCCAGCUGCUACAUACGGUGCUGAAGGAGCGCGACGCUCUGCAGGGAGACCGCAAACUUCCGGUCCUGGUGAAGAUCGCCCCUGACCUCACUACGCAGGACAAACAAGACAUCGCCGAUGUCGUCACUGAGCUGGGAGUGGAUGGUUUAAUGGUGUCUAAUACGACGGUGUCCAGACCAGAGACGCUUCAGGAUCCACAUAAGUCUGAAGUCGGUGGGCUGAGUGGCCAGCCGCUCAAAGACCUCUCUACUCGCACUGUGAGGGAGAUGUACAACCUCACCAAAGGUAAAGUACUUAUUAUUGGGAUAGGUGGUGUUGCCAGUGGGCAGGAUGCCCUGGAUAAGAUCCGUGCCGGUGCAUCACUUGUUCAGCUUUACACAGCUCUGGCCUACCAGGGUCCGCCUGUAGUGACGAAGAUAAAGCGAGAACUGGAACAUCUUCUGAAAGAACAAGGUUUCAGCAGUGUAUCAGAGGCGGUUGGAGCAGAUCACAGGGGAGCGGACCAGUCGACUCAUAAGCAGAGCAUGCUGAAAGAGAUGGUAAAUGUUAACACAGACACGCAGCACCCACCUGUAGCUGCCAUCUCCUCCUGUCAGCCAACAUGAUCCUCACCUUUUCCUGAACUGCAAUGAAUGUCGAGUAUUUGCGUCCUUCUUGGUUUCCAGGAUGAGAUAUGGUCCGAACUGAUAGCUGCUGAAAUUAUGUCUUUAGAUUUUUGUGAAGAGCACAUCUCCACUCCUCACUUUUACUUGAAAAUCAUGGUAAAGUCAAUAAUGAUAAAUGUUUGAUGUUGUAUUAAGAAGCUGAGGUAUGUUUGUAACUAUUUCAGACAGUCAUCCUUUGUUACAGUGUAACAGCGCUAUGUGUUUCUCAAGUGCUUACUGACACCAAAGUGCUUGAACUCUUCAAACAAACCUUGCUCAUACAUUUUUUACAGAGCUAUACAAACUGUUUUGUGUCUGUCUUGUGUAUAAAGAAAUUAAUCUGACAUGAUGUUAUAUGGAUGAAAUAGCAAAACUUGUUUGUGAUCCUCAGUUUUAGGAAAUGUCUGAUACACAAAUUGAAGCAUGUGUUCAAAUGUUCACAUUGUGUUAUUCAUUGCCUUUCAAAAAAUACAUUAUUAUUGAUAAACAAAUGUCAAAAUGCUAAAACUUAAUGAGGACAUGUUCAAUACAGUACAGCACACAAAUGCAGUCAAACACAACAACAACAACAGCUCAAAUGUUAUUUGGGUUAAAGAAUCAAGAUAUUUAUUUUUGCUGUGGUGUUAUGAGAAAUGAUGUGUAGCGGCAAAGUUUAGGGUGUUUAUGAGCUCCCCGUUUAAAAAGGUACUGUACGCCAGACUUGAUCAAAGCUCCGACAGAGAAGAGUUUGCAAGUUUAUACCAUGGUAAUGGCAUAUAUCAUGACUGGGUAAUUGUUCUGUAAUUAAUUAAGACAUGGUUUAAAGUAACCAUACUGUUCUUUGUCUGCAGCUGAGUAUCAGUACUUGGUACCUUUUAAGGUAUCAAGCGAAAUUACCAGUACCAAGUAGUGUCAAAAUGUCUCCGGUCAAAUAACACCUGCAUUUGAUCCUUUUUGUGUGGGGGUCUGAUUCUGGCCCAUCCUAACUCACUGCCUUAACAGCAAACUUUCUGUUGCUGCCAUCUCCGGAGCAACUGUUCUCCUGAUGAACAAUCAAUUCAUCUUCCCAGCUAACAUCCAACACCGAGCCUUUAAAUGGCUCCAACGUAUUCACACAGACACUGAAGUGGCCCAACUCUCUUGUUAAAACCAGUAAUAACCAUUAGGUAAUGUUAGCCACGUGAUGCUAACAGCUAGCUCUGUCACUGGGUGGACACUCAAAACUGUUCUGGCGUAGAGCUCACACUCUUGCACCAGCAGCUACAACUCAUACAGUCUUAGGUCUGAAGUUGAGCACAGAGUACUUAGCAGAGUUAGCAGCUCAGUGUGCAGAGAUGCCACCAAAAUGUUCAGAAGUAUGGCUGUACUGCAUUUCGCUUCAUUCACAUCACGGAUAUCGAAUAAAGUACUCUAUUGGUAUCUGUAUCACUUUAAAGGUACUGGUAUUAGUACUGGUAUCAUAGUUUUUCACACAAUACCCAGUCCUAACAUCAUCAUGAUCAAUUAUUUUCUUCUUUCAUUUGGUUUAGUUCUGAAUUUCCUUUGACAACCUGUUUGUUCUUCCUACGUUAUCUUGUGUAGAUGAUCCUGUGAGAUUUUUAAUGAAAUAUUAAAAGAUCUGUGUAUUGUAUAUCAUGAACAAAGACUUCUUAAAUAAAUACAUCACCAAGAACCAGCACUAAA